GUAAUUCUUGCUUCUGAUUGGAUAAGAGAUGCACUAGGACUCCCCAGCCCGCACCGAUUGGUCGUUUCACCUGCCAGGCAAGCGGAUUUCCUUCACAACAGACUGAACCGGGUAGCAGAGCUCUGCUGCAGAACCAGUAUCACAGGGCACGGGAGAAAGAUUUUGCAGUGAGUUCUGUAAAGCUUGUCGCCACGGGCCGCAUGACGAUAUAGCCUACGUGGUUGCACGCCCCAUGGCUGCACGCUGACAAUAUCAUCUGUUCGACCUCUUUCCUCCAACCCCCCCAUCCAGCUCCUCUUCCCUCCUCCUCAACCUGUGGCCUAUUUAUACCCUGGAGACUCAAAAGAGCCCAUUAAAGCUCCGCAGACCUAUUCAGCAAGAGACAACAGUGAGAGGGAAUGCAGCCUCAUCACCUUUUCUCUGACCGCUUCACAUAAGGAAAACUAAGGUUUCAACUACUGGGCAUUCUUAUAAUGCAACAAGACUACAACUUCAUCAAGCUUCAGAUGAUAAACUGAUAUUCCAUUGUUUGCAGCUGCAGCAGAUUUGAGAAAUUCUGGAUGCAGCAUGUGCUUGGGUCCACAGACUGGAGGUUCUGUACCAUAGAAAUAAUUAUUUCUAUGUUCUUUACCAUUUUGUUGAAAUACAGGAUAACACAUUCAAGACAUUUGGUUAUUGACUCAGUUGUCUAAAUAGCUAUGCGAUUUCAGCAUGGACACUGAAAGAAUUUAUCUUUAAAUGCCUCACACGUCUGAAGUCCUCCACCACCUCAAGUCAUGAGCUAAGCCCACACAACCCUGGGCGUCCCUUGCAGGAUGACUGCUGUCUGCCCCUUUGAGAGCAGCCCAGAAGGGGCUGAAGCUGGGGCUGGGACAGCAGGCUCUAGGGGGCCGGGUGUAGCAGGCACCGGUGGGAGUAUCUCAGUUUCUGGGGCAGAGACCGGGGAGUCUAAUGUAGACUCUGUCGGAGGUUCAGUUAGAGGCACAGCUGUGGUCACUGGUGGCCAAAGGUACCCCCGCUGGAGCCGCCAGGACAGCUCAGACAUCAACACAGACGAUGAGGGAGCCACCAUCCGCCGCCUCACUCCACUGGAAAGACUGAACCUGGAUAUGUGCCAGGAUGAAAGGGUGGUCCGUGAGCUAACAUUGGGCAGAAGAAUCGGCUUCUACAAAAUUCGAGGAGAGAUUGGCUGCGGAAAUUUCUCCCAUGUCAAGCUAGGAAUUCACGCCCUCACCAAAGACAAAGUGGCUAUAAAGAUCCUAGACAAAACCAAGCUGGAUCAGAAGACCCAGAGGCUGCUGUCCAGAGAGAUCUCUAGCAUGGAGAAACUACACCAUCCCAACAUUAUACGCCUCUAUGAGGUGGUGGAGACGUUGUCACGAUUACACCUGGUGAUGGAGUACGCAGGGGGAGGGGAGCUCUACACAAAGAUUACUACAGAGGGGAAACUUUCUGACAAUGAUAGCAAGAUCGUCUUUGCUCAGAUCCUCUCUGCUGUUAAACACAUGCAUGAAAACAACAUCAUCCACCGUGACCUGAAGGCAGAAAACGUCUUCUACACCAGCAGCUUUUGUGUCAAGGUGGGGGACUUUGGCUUUAGCACACUGAGCCGCCGCAGUGAGACACUCAACACAUUCUGUGGCUCUCCGCCUUACGCAGCGCCUGAGCUCUUUCGAGAUGAGCACUAUGUUGGAGUCUUUGUAGACAUCUGGGCCCUGGGGGUGAUGUUGUUUUUUAUGGUGACGUGCACCAUGCCGUUCAGGGCAGACACUGUGGCCAAACUAAAGCGAUGCAUCCUGGAGGGGGCCUACAUCCUGCCCUCGUGGGUGCCAGAGGCAUGCCAGAGGCUGAUCAGGGGAAUCCUGCAACCCAUACCAUCUGAGCGUUGUACAGUGGAGCAGAUGAUGGGCUGUGAGUGGCUGCUCCCUGUGGACUUUCCGCAUGCCAUGGAGCCCUUUAAACUAGACCCAUCGUACCUAGCAGAGACUGAUCCAUCUGAACUUGGGGAGGAAGAGAUGGAGGUAAAUGCGGCACUGGAGACACUAGGAAUCACUUUAGAACACAUCCUCAACAACCAGGGGAAAGACUGCAGGAGCUCCAUCACAGGGGUCUAUAGGAUCCUGCUACAUCGUGCUCACAAGAAACGGGCUGUUGAGAGCAUGCCGGUGGUCAAAAAGGUGGUCAGACCAACUACAAAGAGUAAAAAGGAACGGCUAAAAGUGUACCGUAGUUUAAGGCACACAUCUAAACUCUGUGUGAUUCUGUGACAUAAUGCUCUGAUACGCUCUGGAAAAUAAUUGACUUUAUAGUCUGGGAUGAGAUUGCAUGGAUUUCAUUACAAGUAAAUGCUUUUCAGGCCAGCAGUUAAAAUGGAAACCAUGGUAUAUAACCCCACUCAGCUCCUAAAAUCUGGGAUUUCUUACUUUAGUAUCUUUCUUCUAUUAGUCUCUGUGAGAAGAUUGCUGGCAGCGAAUCAUUGUUUUCUCCCUUUUUUUUUGACAGGGCCAGGGACCUGUAAUACUCAUGAGAUUUGAAAAUGUUAUGAAAUACAAUUUAUUUAAGUAAACAUAAUGAUGAUUAGAUGGCAUACACAACCUUUUAUUUUGGUCACGUAGAUAUUUAUAGCCUAGUCUAUGCUCAAUUGUGCUGGAACACCAAUAAACCAUAUGAGAAACCAAUGUAGCAUAAAUCUUAAAUAAAAGAGUUAGAAACCCAAACAUUAAACUGAGGAGAUAAAUUGGUGAAUCAUGUUAUGAAAUCAGCCAGACUGGUUUAUAAUCCUUAAUGUUUGUGAUGACAUGAUGAUCUUAUGUGAUAUAUCUCUAUGAGAUGUUGCUGCUGUUAGACUGAUUGACCUGGAUUACCUUAAAGGUGCUGUAGGUAGGAUUGUGAAGAUCCAGGAUUUAGCCAAAAAAUUUGAACAUCGACAACUUCUCAGUCAUUCCCCCCUUUCUGCUAAAGCCCAAAACAGUCUCCUAAGCCCCUCCCCCCACAAGGUAGAAUGAAUUCGUGUGUAUGAGCAGUGAUGACACCCCCCUUGGCCCUGAUUGGUGCAUCUCAACAGGGAGCGGGGAUUUUUGCAAAUCGCACUACAGGCUGUAGGUGGUGCCA